CUUUUUGCUCUUUGCUCUAGGCAAUACUGCUGCACAAUGGCCUCCAUCGGUCCAGUGAGCACAGAAGUUUGCUGUGACAUAUUCAGGGAGCUGAGAAGCCAGAGUGUCCGGGAGAAUGUCUGCUACUCCCCUCUGCUCAUCGUUUCAACCCUCUCCAUGGUCUACAUAGGUGCAAAAGACAACACCAAGUCUCAGAUAGAAAAGGCUAUCCACUUUGAUAAAAUCCCAGGAUUUGGAGAGAGUACUGAAUCUCAGUGCGGGACAUCUGUGAGCAUCCACACUUCACUUAAGGACAUCUUCACCCAAAUCACCAAACCAAGUGACAAUUAUUCAAUCAGCAUUGCCAGCAGACUUUAUGCUGAAGAGAAAUACCCAAUUCUGCCGGAAUACAUUCAAUGUGUGAAGGAACUGUAUAAAGGAGGUUUGGAAUCUAUCAGCUUUCAAACAGCUGCAGAAAAAUCCAGAGAGCUCAUAAAUUCCUGGGUUGAAAGUCAGACAAAUGGAUCCAUCAAAAAUAUUCUUCAACCAAGCUCUGUGAGUUCACAAACUGACAUGGUCCUGGUCAGUGCCAUCUACUUCAAGGGAUUGUGGGAGAAAGCAUUUAAGGAGGAAGAUACCCAGACAGUUCCUUUCAGAAUUUCUGAGCAAGAAAGCAAACCUGUGCAGAUGAUGUCUCAGGUUGGUACAUUUAAAGUGGCAGAGAUCCCUUCUGAGAAAUGCAGAAUCCUGGAGCUUCCAUAUGCCAGUGGGCGGCUGAGCCUGUGGGUGCUGCUGCCUGAUGACAUCUCCGGCCUGGAGCAGCUUGAGACUGCAAUCACCUCUGAAAAUCUCAAGGAGUGGACCAGUUCUAGUAAGAUGGAAGAGAGGAAAAUUAAAGUUUAUCUCCCCCGCAUGAAGAUUGAGGAAAAAUAUAACCUCACAUCUGUCUUAAAAUCCUUGGGUAUCACCGACCUGUUCAGCUCAUCAGCCAAUCUGUCUGGCAUCUCUUCAGCACAGAGCCUGAAGGUGUCUGGAGCAUUCCAUGAGGCAUUUGUGGAGAUCUAUGAAGCAGGCAGUAAGGCAGCACGCUCAUCAGGAGCUGGGGUAGAUGACACAAGUGUCUCUGAAGAGAUUAGAGCUGACCACCCUUUCCUCUUCUUGAUCAAGCACAACCCAAGUGACAGCAUCUUGUUCUUUGGCAGAUGCUUUUCCCCUUAA